AUGGAAGCCGCUAAAUCCUCCUCUCUGCGCCUUGUGCAUAUAGUGUGUUUCAAAUUCAAGCAAGACACACCUGUGUCUGUACAGCAAAGUAUGAGAACAGAUGCAGAGGCCCUCAAAAACUCCAUCACGACAAUUCCCUUUUCACUUUUUUUCCGCCCCACCUUUACUCACGAGAGAGCCAAGGGCUUCACUCAUGUUCUCCACUCUCAAUUCAACAACAGAAGCGAUCUCGAGACAUAUUCCAAGCACCCGCAACACCUUGAAUUCUUGAGCAAAUACAGGCCACACUUCGAAGACGUCAUGGCUGUUGACAUUGAGCUUUAA